GACCCCUGACCUCCCGACGCUCGCGCGGCUGCAUCACCGCUUCCCGUGACAUCACAGCUGCAGCAUGGCGGUCAAGGUGCAGUCAACAAAAAGGGCCGAGGCCAGCGAAUUGAAGGCUGUGUUUUUGAAGUUUUGUAGUGUGACCAAGGAUGGGGAGCAGUAUAUGACUCCGACAGAUUUUGUACAGAAGUAUCUGGGAUUGCACACAGAUCCACUCUACAACCCAAAGACUGUAAAACUUCUUGCCGGGGUGGCCGACCAAACUAAAGAUGGGUUGAUCUCCUUUCAAGAAUUUCUAGCAUUUGAAUCUGUUCUAUGUGCCCCUGAUGCCAUGUUUAUGGUGGCUUUUCAGUUAUUCGACAAGAAUGGCAAUGGAGAGGUGACUUUUGAAAAUGUUAAAGAGAUCUUCAGCCAAACAAUUAUUCACCAUCAUAUCCCUUUCAACUGGGAUUGUGAUUUCAUUCGGUUACACUUUGGCUUUGACAGGAAAAAGAAUCUCUGCUAUUCUGAAUUUACGCAGUUUUUACAGGAACUACAACUUGAACAUGCAAGGCAAGCUUUUGCACAAAAGGACAAAAACAAAACUGGCACAAUUGUAGCAUUAGAUUUCAGUGAUAUCAUGGUCACAAUUCGCUCACAUAUGCUUACUCCGUUUGUUGAAGAGAAUCUAGUUUCAGUAGCAGGUGGAACCAGUUCUCAUAAUGUCAGCUUUUCUUACUUCAAUGCAUUCAACUCUUUGCUGAAUAACAUGGAGCUGAUUAGAAAGAUAUACAGCACUUUGGCAGGCACAAGAAAAGAUGUGGACGUUACAAAAGAGGAGUUUUCUCAUGCUGCCAAUAAAUUCGGACAGAUAACACCCCUGGAAGUUGAUAUCCUAUUCCAGCUUGUGGCUCUGUACAGUCCAACUGGACGAGUGUCUCUGGCGGACAUUGAACGAAUAGCACCAUUGGAGGAAGGAGCCCUGCCCUAUAACCUGGCUGAAAUCCAGAGGCAGCAAUCUUUCAGUGGUACCAGCAGGCCUAUCUGGCUCCAGGCUGCAGAAUCUGUUUAUAGAUUCACUUUGGGCUCAAUUGCUGGAGCGGUGGGAGCAACUGCAGUUUAUCCUAUUGAUUUAGUGAAGACACGAAUGCAGAACCAACGCUCCACAGGAUCCUUCAUUGGGGAGUUGAUGUACAAAAAUAGCUUUGACUGUUUCCAGAAAGUUAUACGUUACGAAGGUGUUUUUGGCCUUUAUAGAGGUCUUUUACCACAGUUGGUGGGUGUUGCACCAGAAAAAGCCAUUAAACUUACUGUAAACGAUUUUAUAAGAGACAAGUUCACUCAACGAGAUGGCGGAAUUCCUUUACUUGCAGAAAUCCUAGCUGGUGGCUGUGCUGGAGGUUCUCAGGUGAUCUUUACAAAUCCACUGGAAAUAGUGAAAAUUCGAUUGCAAGUUGCAGGAGAGAUCACCACUGGUCCCAGAGUCAGUGCACUCUCUGUAAUGCGUGAUCUUGGAUUUCUGGGUUUGUACAAGGGAGCAAAAGCCUGUUUCCUUCGUGAUAUCCCAUUCUCUGCUAUCUACUUUCCAGUUUAUGCUCACACUAAGCUAUUAUUUGCAGAUGAGAAGGGUAGGUUGGGUGCAUUCCAACUUCUUGCAGCUGGUGCUGUUGCAGGUAUUCCAGCUGCGUCGUUAGUAACUCCUGCGGAUGUCAUCAAAACAAGACUUCAAGUAGCAGCUCGUGCUGGUCAAACUACCUACAGUGGUGUUAUUGACUGUUUCAGAAAGAUCUUAAAAGAAGAAGGUCAUAGAGCUUUUUGGAAGGGAGCAGGAGCACGAGUCUGCCGGUCCUCUCCUCAGUUUGGUGUAACUCUAGUGACAUAUGAACUUUUGCAACGGUGGCUGAAUAUUGACUUUGGGGGAAUGAAACCAGUUGGUUCUGAGCCUACACCGAAAUCAAGGAUUUCUGAUCUUCCUCCAGUCUCUCCUCAUCAUAUUGGAGGAUACAAACUAGCUGCUGCUACUUUUGCUGGUAUUGAAAACAAGUUUGGGCUUUAUCUGCCUAAAUUUAGAUCUUCAGGUGUAGCUAUAGUCCAUCCACAGGUAUCGUCCGGUUCUCCUGGAUCUUAGGAGAUCUCUUUCAUGAGGCGAAAUCAAAUAACAUGGAGCAAUGUUGAAAGUAAUAGCUGCAUGUUGGUGGAGGUCAAUUCAAAUUUGAUUGAAAUCAUGUAUUUCCUAAUUAAAUUUUUGUAAUAAUAAUAUGAAUUGUUUGCAUUGCAGAAAAUUGUUGUCAGACUUUAUUUGUAUAAUUUUAGAGAUCAUAAAAGACAAAAACAAGAAAAGUUAAUGCAGCUAUAACUAAAUACUUAAAACCACUUAAGUUACAAGAUUGUUUCAGAGAGCAGUGUAUUCAGUCAAUGUUUGGUUUGAAGAGUUUAUAUUUCUGUUAUGCUUACUCCUGGUCACUUUAAAAACAAAAUGGUUCAAUUAUUGAUGUGCUUUUCCUUGUUCUGUUCUUUUCCUGUUGCUUAUUGAUGCAUCAGAAAUAGUUCAAAACAGAACUUGUUUAGCACAGUCCUGUAUUAAACUUGCUAUUCAUGAGAAAGUAUCUAAUGCUACAAAUUUAAUGCACAUUUUAUUUUUCUGUCUCAAUGCCCUGUUUACUACAAUUAUGGUACCACAAGGUUCCAAGUUUAACAAUGAUGUGAAUGCAGCUAAGAAAGAUAACUACAAAAUUAAAAGCAACUUGUUUUCUUGAAACUGUGCCUAAGAACAAUGAACUGUGGAUGUGGCAGGUUGGUUAGAAGUGUCGCUCUUGAUAUUAAAAUGUAUCACAGCAAAAAAACACUCCCAAUUAUUGGCAACUGGUUACUGCAUUUGGCAAAUAACGGUUACAACAAAAUACGUUCUCUCCCUCUGCAUUUUUAAUAUACUUCACUUUGUGUAAUGGAGUUAUCUAUUUGAAGGAUUUUGCAUAAAUUCUGCAUGUUUGACACACAGUGAAAACAUGAUCUUCAUGCUAAUUAUAAAACAGGAUUCUUGUUGAUGGACCCUGUAGUAUUUCUACUUAUGAGGUGGAGGAUAACAUUUUAAAUUAUUACUCUAAAAUGAAUGCAGAAGGAGUCCCCUUCAUGAUGCUGUUUUUUCUGGCAUUUAUGAAGAGCAUUGGCCUCAAUGGGCAAAGCUUAGCCCUGACAUGGUAGAACAUUUGGUGUGUAAAUCUGUUAAAACAAGUAAUGACAAGAUAAAUAGGGGAGAUAGUACUAUUCUUUAUAGCUGAUUUUAAAUAAAAUUAUCCAUGUAUGAUCUUUAAUUUAAAAUAUCUGUGUUAUUUUAGACUUUGCUUUGCACAGCUUGCACUUGAUAUACCUGUACAUAUUGUACAUCUGUACAGAGACAUCGUAGAGGACUGAAUAAAUCACACAAUGCUGGGGCAAUAUGCUUGAGUGAAAGGGUUGCUGAAAAAUACUGUACAGAUUAUGAUGUUUGUUAAAUCAUUGCAUUUAAUCUAAAAUGUUACCAUAUUUUAAAGAAAUAUAAUUUUCACUAAUGAUUUGUUUUAUGAAAAUGUGGUUCAUUUGGUGUCUGAAUUGCUAGGAAAACUGGAUCUGCUCAUUUUAGGUCAUCAGCAAAGCCCAAAAAUGCUUUUAAUUAUGUAUAUUUCAGCAUAUUUGCUGACAAUAUUCUUUAAUUUUGUAACUGGGUGUUUCUCAAUAAUGUGAAGCUACAUUUGAACUAUGUACAGAUCAAGGUUCCUUUGGUACUAUUCAAGUAUGUACAUUAACCACCAGCAGUUUUACCUGUGACAAGGAAUACACCUAAUGUGACAUUUCUACAAUUAAACUGUAUAUAUGGCAGAUAAAA